GCCAGUGAGCGAAACCCUAAUUCCCAAUCCGAAGUCGUGAAAAGAUGACGAAGGGAUCCAUCUUUGCUAAGUUAUCGGGGUUAUCUGGGAAUCCAAACUGGAAUUCCGUGGCGGUUACCAAGGAGCAGGCAGGUCUGAUUGUGCGGGGGGUUGUUGUGAAAGGGAUAAUAGGCUACUUUGGAUACGAGCUUGGUACCAUGAUGUUCUCCAAUGCCCCUAAAAUAGAACGAUAUGAAGUCCUGUUGCAGAAAGCGAGGGGGGUCAUUAAAAAUCAGGAAAGAAAUUUAAGGCUUUUGGAUAAGCGUGAAGCAGAGCUAGUGCAAGCGAAGGAGAAAAUUAACAAGGAGCUGAUGAAGUAUCAUUCGAGAGCUUCAAACUAGUAUUGUAUUUUCAAAAUUUCAAACUUGUUUGUGUGUUAUGAUCAUCUUUGGAACUAACUACUGUAGCUUGUUGCUAUUUGCUAAAAGACUUAGAGAUUUGAAUAAUGUUGUUUGUGCUUGUGCUCUUAAACCAACUUCGUUUGGAACCUACUAGCUCGUUGCUAUUUGCGCAUGUGUCAUUACAAAAACAAUGUUAUAAUGACCAUAACUUGUCUUGGUGGUGGGAGCUGCUGUAUCAAUUCAAACCACAUAUAU